ACAGUGAAAAAAAAAUAGUAACAGGAAAAAAGAUUGAAGAAAUAAAAGAAAACCCAUAUCGUGAGGUUACUCAGCCAUGGAUGAAACGUACGAUGUGAUAGUCUUAGGUACCGGCCUUAAGGAAUGCAUUCUCAGUGGUCUUCUCUCCGUUGAUGGACUCAAAGUUUUGCAUAUGGAUAGAAAUGAUUAUUACGGUGGAGAAUCAACUUCUCUUAAUCUUGUACAGCUUUGGAAGCAUUUCAAGGGAAAUGACAAACCUCCAGAACAGCUAGUCCCUAGCAGGGAAUAUAAUGAUGAUAUGAUUCCCAAGGGUGUUCAAGAGGAUGGUGGAGGUGAUGACAGAGAGCAACAAAUUAGCCUUGAGAUAGUCUUUUAUCUAUUGUUGAUGAAGGGAAAAAAAGAACCUUGGAUAUCAGACAUGUUAUCAACAUUGGAUUCAAGAACGGAAGAAACUCAAGGAUAUAUGCAGAGGAUCUUGGAAUUAAUGUCCAAAUGGGCAAGUUCUAUUGAAUCCACACCUGCAAGCAGCCUACGAAAGUAUCAAAGUCAAGAAACUUACUCAGAUAACAAUCAUCAAUGA